CACGUGUGCUGUGUUGUGCCUGUCACAGCCGCCCCGACAGUACCUGUCCCGCCGCGGCUCUUGCAGGGCCUGGCUCGCUCCGCGGGGACUGGGCUGCCCUCCGCCGCGCGCGCGCCCCUCGCCCCGGCAUGUCCGGCUGCCCCGCCGCCGCCGCGCUCGCCGCCUGCCGCCAGGCCUGGGAGCAGGUGUUGGCCAAGGCCAAGCGGGCCGUGGUGUUCGUGGACGCGGCGUGCGCGGAGGGCCUGCACUGGGCGGGCGGCGGCGCGGGCAGGCUGCUGGAGGCCGGCGCCCUCAACGUCAAGGAGUUCUCCAGCUUCGAGGCGGGCGCGGCGGAGCAGCCCAAGGCGGUGUUCGUGGUGAGCAGCCUGCUGAAGGGCAGGGCGGUGGACAUCAUUCGCGACAUCGUCAGCCUCAGCCGCUUCCAGUAUUGCGUGGUGUUCACGGCCGUCAGCCACGCCGUGCACCUGCUGGCCCAUGGGGCGCCCGGCGGCGCCGAGCCGGAGGGGGGCAGCCAGGCGGUCUUCGAGCAGUUCGAGGAGAAACUCUGCCAGUGGAUGGGCAACAUGAACUACACCGCCGAGGUGCGGCAUGCCCCCCUGCUCCUGGCGCCCAUCUCGCCUCAUCUCUUCGUGACCCCGGCCUUUGCCUCGCUCUUCCCCAUGACGCCCCAGGACCUGGCUCGCAUCAACUCCUCCAGGCCUGAGAAGAAAAAGUUUGGCAGCUUGAACGACCUGGACUUCUCUUCUCUGCCUCCUGAGCUGCAGCUUCAGAUCAGAAUCCUGGUGUCUGGCUUGAACUCCUUGUUUGAGUGCCUAAAUGUGAAAGAGGAGUGCUUUGCAAUUGGGACCCUGAGCAAGAUUAUCGCAGGGGAUUUGGCGAACUACUCACAGGCCAAAAACAGGAGGAAGACCGCACAAAACCGAGCCUCUGUCAUCUUCAUAGACAGGACACUGGAUCUGACAGGGGCAGUUGGUCAUCAUGGUGACAGUCUAGCAGAGAAGAUAUUCUCUGUGCUUCCCCGACUUCCUGGCCACACAAACGAUGUGAUGGUUAAUAUGGUGGAGCUCACUGCACUGCAGACUAAAGAUGAAACUUGCAAUAUUGUAGCACCUGGCUGCUUGGCACAACCAAAUGAUCCAGCUGCCAAAGCUCUCUGGGAGUCCUUAAUGAAUCUCAGACAAAAGGAAGCUGUGAUGGAAGUUAGGAGACACCUAGUGGAGGCUGCAAGUAGAGAAAACUUGCCCAUUAAGAUGAACAUGGGUAGAGUCACCCCAGAACAGCUCGGUUCACACAUCAAGCUUUUCAAAAACAAUUUCAAAGCUCUCAGGAACCACUGUGGACUUCUACAGCUUGUGCUGGCCACAAUCCAGGCUUUAAAACACCCCCAGAAUGCCAAAUGGGACAGCUUCUUAGCCUUUGAAAGGCUACUUUUGCAGAAUAUUGGUGAGUCAGAAAUACCCAGUGUUUUGAACCAGUUAUUGCCUAUGAUCAAGUCUCAUAAUGAGAGGACAGCUAAUGAUUAUACCUCUGAAGACUUCCUUGUCUUGCUGGUGUAUAUUUACUCUGUGGUUGGGGAAAUCAAAGCUGGAAAAGAGCUGGAUCAAGCUGAAGAAGAGGUGAAAAAGGCACUAGUCCGGACUUUUUGUGAUGAACCAGAACUAUCUUCCUUACUGCAAAAAAUAACAGUAAAAGUUCCAGUCCUGAGGUCGGUGAAAGCACUCCUUGUUCUCUUCGAACAUGUGCAUCUUUUGGACCAAUUAAACGUGAUAAGGAUGACUCUGCUUCUUUCUCAUGUUAACCACUGUUGAAAUCUGGGAGUCAAAAGAAUCAGCUGAAAUAUGCAUAGAUGCUGUUGUAGCCAAGACAGGGUUUGUGUAUUUUUUCCACUGUUUGAGGGAGUCUGGAAUUGUGUCAUCAUUUUGAAAUUUGUGAAUCAUUGCAUGUUAGAGGAUUUAUCAAAAGCAUUGCUCUUUUCUCUCUCACCCUACAGAGUGCUGCUAUGUAUGCUGAGUUACCACUAAUUCAUAUAUAUUACAGCUGUUGUUAUCUCACUGCUAGUCUACUGUCUGACUUUAAUAGCAUGGAGCAAUGUGCUGCCAUUUUUACAAAUUGUUGCGGUAUUCUUCUGAUAGCUGGAGGCAUUUCCCUAAUUCAAAAAUAUAUUCAAAAUCUUUUAUUUUCUGAUUUUACUCCCUUUCCUGUUACAUCUGUGGCGCUUUUAUGUGCAUAUUUUAUUACAGUUUUGAAUCUAUCUCAUUCAGUUCAUUCUGUUGUUCAUUUAAUUUAUUUAUCUGAUACCUUUCAUACUGUUUAAAACAAAAGUACCAAGGCAGCAAACAGUAAUUAUUAAAAACAUACAGAGCUCCAAACUUACAACUGUGCUCUUCAGUAAAACACACCUAGGAGAUCCAAUCUACCAGAGCAAAACAUAACAAAAAGAAUAGAAAAUAAAAUAUUGUUCAGCCACAGGCCUGACCGAACAAAAAAAGCCUCGCAUCCUGAUCUGAUUUUUGCCUAAGUAAAGCUCUGACAGGCAGUCAUGGAGGAAUCAGUUCAGAAACUGAGGGCUUGCAGCUAAGAAUGCCCUUCUGCUGACCUGGGAAAACUGAAUUCCAGGCACUGACAGCCUAGAGGACCUCAGCUAAUGUGGUCGGAUACUGGGAUACUCAGUAUCCGACCACAGGAUCCUAGACCCAUGUCGAAUUUUAAAUUGAGAAUAACACCUUGAUUUGUAAGUGGAACUGAAUAGAUAGCCAGUGCAGCACAUGUAAUGCAAACCUUACAGAUAGAGCUCAUUGAAAUGUUUACGAAAAAGACUUUUCUAGCAAAAAAUGCCAUUUUGUCAAAACCAAAAUGUUUCUCAGAAACGUAUAGAUUUCAACAACGGGUCAAAUGAGAGAGAGCUUUCAUUUCCUCUUCCUGCCAAGAUGGCUGCAGCCUGCGGUGGUAGAGCUGGAGGAGGUGCUGUUCUGUGGAUGUAAUGAUGGAAGAAUCAUCAAGAAGAAGAAUCAUCAACUGUUUGUAUGGAGUCUGAUGCAGAAAUUUGCACAGGCUGGUAGAUCCUGUGGCGCUAGCAGACGAUUAGUCGCUGAUAUUUUGAGCCUUGUUCCUAUGGUAUCCGGGGGUUUCUGCUCCCAGCUCAAAGGUAUCUUAAGUGGGGAGGCUGGCUUGGGAACUCUGUGGUAGAGGAAGCAGGGAAGGAUUUAGGAUGGAGGGACAGGUUGAGACUGGAGUUACUGUGAGUAUCCCAGGCAACCACAUUCUUGUUUUACCUGUGGUUCUACUGAGUGCUGGUUGUGGGGUGAGGCAAUGUGUGCACUGUGGAUCACAUGCCUAGAAGACUGAAGACAACAGGGAUUUCAUUAGCUGCAAUGUGUAUGGGAGAGGUGUGGACGUGUUUGCUUGUGCUUCUUGUCGGAGAUUUGUGGUUACAGUGCCCUGAUUGGCUGCGCACGUGUAGUAUCUGUCUCGCGCUGCUCCAAGCGGCUACACUUAUGUGGCAACCAACCACCACCCAGCUCCUUCUCUACCACCCUUGGUUUCGGUUGGAAUGACAGCGGCGCCCUUAUCUACUUUCAUAUUCCUUUAAUCUCUGCCCUUUUCUCAGUUAAUUUUCCUCAUUGUUCAUCUCUCUGUUCAUUUUUCUUUUGUGUUCACAUUAAAAAAAAAACCAACUUUCCCCGUUUUUCUCCCCGCCUCUGGCGGGCAGCCGCUGAAGAGGCAUUAGACUGGGACUAUUCCCAUUCUUCAUUCAGCUAGCCUCUCGGACAUGCCUGGCUCUCCAGGUUUCAAGCGCUGUCUGAUCUGCAGACUCUCAAUACCAGUGACAGACAGCUACUUGCAGUGUGUCUGUUGCCUGGGGGAGACACACGUUACCCAAAUGUGUCCCUGCUGCAAGAAACUCACAGCGCGGACAAGAAAGGCCAGGGACCACCAAUUAAAACUUUUAAUGAUGGAGAGAUCCCUCCAACCCGCCUCCGACCCCGAGUCCAGGACACCUCCUCACCAGUCCUCACCUGCAGCUGCCUCAGAUAUGGGGUCCUCUGCAAAAAUGGCUGCUAAGGACCCUGGUCCUACCAAAGCCAUGAAAAAAGCGGUCUCACUCCUUGCCACACUGGGAUUCGCCUCCAAAAAAGCAACCCCUGGCCGCAAAAACUGCCCCGGUACUGAUGGCACCCAGAGCGCCGGACCAUGAGGCACCGGGACUGUCUGGUACCGAGAUGUCCCAAGGAGCAAAAGACCCUAUGCAGUCUCGCUCUCAUAGCAGCAAAACUAAGCCUCAUAGCUCGGCACUGAGGGAACAGAAACCUCAGGCACAGAACAGUACUAUGGCGCUGCCUGCUGCACCAAUACAAUCUGACAAGUGUGCGGCACCGACAACGCUCACUCUGGUUCCCAGGCUGAGCUUGCCUGCGCUGUCGGCACCGAGUCUCCCGCUACCACAACAGUUUGUCAGCCAUGCGGACCUACUCAUUGCUUCCAGCCCGGGAACUCUGCUCUUUGGCACCGAUGGCAGCCUGGCCAGGUCAGGGCCACGCUUUAUCACUACACCUGCUGGCUUGGCCCCUCCCCUCUCCAGGGAUGAAGAGGAGGAAGUGGAGACAGGAGUGGGCACACCUCACCAUCCCUCUCCUAAACCUGGACCUGCUCAGUCACAGGGCAUGACUUGGCAACUUUUUAUUUGUUUAAAAGAGUAGCUGAUUCAUUAGGCAUCUCACUGGCUGAGUUACCAGAGACUCAGCAUAAGCUGACAGAUAUAUUGCAAGCUUCUUUGUCAGCCAAGAUAGCACUACCCAUUAAUGCUGCCAUCCUGGACCCAGCAAAAACCAUAUGGCAGACUGCAGCCAUGGCCCCACCCUCUUGUAAGCGAUCUUACAAGAAGUACUAUGUGCCGGCUAAGUUUUUGUUUACCCACCCUACUCCAAACUCACUGGUGGUAGAGGCAGUUAAUCAAAGGGGAAAGCAACAUCAAACCAAAACCACGCUCUAUAAUAAAGAUUGGAAACGCCUAGACCUCUUUGGCAGGAAAGCCUAUUCAUUGGCGACCCUCUAGUUUCGCAUAGCAAAGUAUUCUGCAUUACUGGCCAAGUACACACACACUAUUUUUUCUCAGAUGUCCUCUUUUAUUGAGCACAUCCCAGCUGACAAAAAAGAACACUAUAAAGCUGAUAUAGCAGAAGGUUUCCGCAUUGCCAGAAGUGCCCUGAAGGCUUCUCUGGGUUCUGCUGGCACGGUGACCUGCUCCAUCGCCACGUCCAUUCUCAUGCGGAGGGCUUCAUGGCUCCAUCUCUCCGGCUUCUCAGGGAAGUUCAGCUGAUAGUAGAGGACUUACCUUUUGACAGGCAAAAAUUGUUUGCAGAGAGCACGGAUGUCUCCUUACACACCCUGAAGGACUCCCAUGCAACAGUGAAGACACUUGGAAUCUAUAUCCCUGCGAACAAAAAGAAACAGGGCAGAUUCAACAACUCCGUCCUGCCCCAUACACUCAACCUCAACAACGUUAUUAUCAGUGCCACAAGCCAGCGCCAGACAAGACACCCUCAGGCGCAGGAGCAGUCGUCUAUGUCUCAGCCAUCCACUUCUAGGCAAAUAUUUUGAAGUGUUGGUCAAGGACAUGAGAGCCCCACAUUCUCCAAUUCCAGAGUCACCGCUAAUUUUCUGCCCAUUUGGGGAGUGCCUUAUACCCUUUUACCCAGUCUGGAGAACCAUCACCACAGACAAGUGGGUUCUGGAAAUUAUCCAAAAGGGCUAUUCCAUCCCCUUUCUUUCCAUUCCACCAACCCACCCCCCUUCCCUGUCCCUCUUUAGGGACCCGUCUCACAAGUACCUAUUACAGCAGGAAAUACACCAUCGCCUGCAAUUAGGUGCUAUGGAACCAGUACCGGUUCAGCACAAGGGUCGGGGGUUCUACUCAUAUUACUUUCUCACUCUGAAAAAAACAGGUGGAGAGAGACCCAUUCUGGACUUAGGCAAACUGAACAAGUUUGUGAGAACACUGCGCUUCAAGAUGGUAAUCCUAGCAACCAUAAUUCCAGCAUUGGAGAAGGGAGAUUGGAUCUUGGCCCUCGACCUACAAGACGCUUACUUUCACGUCACUAUCCACCCGACGCACAGGAGAUUCCUACAAUUCACUCUGUGCAACCUACACUAUCAAUACAAGGUACUUCCCUUCAGCCUCUUUACGGCUCCAAGGGUUUUUUCCAAAGUACUGGCCGUUGCAUCAGCACAUCUUCGCAAGCAGGGUGUGACCAUAUUCGCCUAUCUAGACGACUGCCUGCUAAAAGCACUGACAUAUGACAAGGCAGUUCAUGCCACUCACACCACUCUACCCACCCUCCUCCCCUCUGCUUUGGAGUUUCGGCUUGAACCUCUGGGAUAGAGAAGGAACUGGGUGGAGGUUGGCUGCGCGCGUGGGGUAGCUGCUCGGAGUGGCGCAAGACGGCUGUUGUGCAUGCAUGGACAACUGGGGCACUGCUACCACAAGUCUCUGACUAGAAGCACAGGGCACCAAGACACCUAAAGUGGAGCAUCCACAGAGACAACCAUCUCAAAGAACCUCCAGUUACUGCACAAGGUGAGUAACCUUCUCUUGUCCCUUUAAUCCAUUGUUGUAUUUUUUUCCCUCUGGACCCUUUGUUGUGGACAGUGCAUGGUAAUGGAGGAUUUCAGAUCUUAAAAGUAUGGAUUGUGGGGAGAAGAAUUUCACUGCAUCAGGGAAAAUAUUUGCUCAUGCAGAGGAUGUCACAGUGCUGGUGGGCAGUACAGAAUAUAAGGAUGUAUUUUUGACACCUUAAACAAUUACUCAGCUACAACCAGAAUAGUGGUCAACAGGAAUAAGAGCAAGGCUUUGUGGAUAGGGAUUUCAGGAUGCUCCUUUGUUCUGCCAGAGGAUUUACAGUUCAUGAUGAGCCCUCUUUUGGAUAUAGAUAUAUUGAUAUAGAUAUAUAGGCUAAAGGGUGACAUAACAGUCUUCAAAUAUGUAAAGGGUUGUAAAAAAGAGGGUGGUUGAAAGAUUCAUAGAUUCUAAGGCCAGAAGGAACCAUUAUGAUCAUUAUUAUCAUCUGACCUUCUGUAUAGCACAGGCCUUGGAACUUCUCCAAAAUAAUUCCUAGAGCAUAUCUUUCAGAAAAACAUCCAAUCUUGAUUUAAAUGUUGUCUAUGAUUGAGACUCCACCAUGACACCUGGGAAAUUGUUCCAAUGAUUAAUUACUCUCACCAUUAAGGAUGUAGUCUAACUUCCAGUCUGAAGUUGUCUAGCUUCAACGUCCAGUCUUUGGAUCGUGUUAUUCUUUUGUGUGCUAGACUGAAGAGCUGAUUAUCAAAUAUUUGUUCUCUAUGUACGUACUUACAGACUGAAAUCUUACCUAUAACCCUUUAAUCUUCUCUUUAUUAAACUAAAUAGAUCAAACUACUAUUACUAUAAGGCAUGUUUUUCUAAUCCUUUAAUCAUUUUUGUGGCUCUUCUAUGAGCCCUCUCCAAUUUAUCAACAUCCUUCGUGAAUUGUGGGCACCAGAACUCGACAGAGUGUUCCAGCAGCAAUCACAUCAGUGCCAAAUACAGAAGUAAAAUAACCUUUCUAGUACUACUCAAGAUUCCCCUGUUUAUGCAUCUCUGAAUCACACUAGCUCUUUUCACCACAACAUCACCACAACUGGGCGCUCAUGUUCAGCUGAUAUCCACCAUGAGCCCCAAAUCUUUUUCAGAGUGACUGCUUCCCAGGGUAGAGUCCCCCAUUCUGUAAGUAUGGCCUACAUUCUUUAUUCCAUAUUAAAAUGCAUAUUGUUUCUUGUGCCCAGUUUACCAGGCAAUCUAGAUCUCUCUGUACCAGUGCCCCACUUUUUAUGUCAUCUGCAAACUUUAUCAGUGAUGAUCUUAUGUUUUCUUCCAGGUCACUGAUAAAGACAUGAAAUAGUAUAGGGCUAAGAACUGAUUAUUGCAGGAUCCACUGGAAACACUCGAUGAUUUCCCAUUUACGGUUAUAAUUUGAGACCUAUCAGUUAGCCAGUUUUUAAUCCUUUUAAUGUGUGGUUUGUAUCAUUCUUUAUCAUUUAUCUUUUUUUUUUUAAUCAAAAUGGUGAUCACUUGUUCUUCGUGUCCACCAACGAUAGGACAAAAAGUAAUCAUCUUUAUUUGCAGCAAGAAAGGCUAGAUAUCAGGAAAAACUUUCCAGCUGUCUGUGCUCACGGUUAACCUAAGAUAGCUUGGUUCUCUGGUGUGCUCCUCCCUGGGAUUCUCCCUUUUCAAGGCUCUUCCCCCAAGAUUGGCACACCUCACAGAUGCAGUGGGGGAGGGCUGCCUGCCAACACUGUUCCUUAACCCCUUCUUGCUUGGUGUAGGAUUUGUAUACCCCAUCACAAGGAUGCAGCUGCAUAAAAGGUAUAUUUGCCCACAACAGCCCUGCAGGCUUCUUCUUAUAUAAACUUGAUAUAAGAUGUAUUUCCCAUAGGCAAAUUCAGGUAACAGCACUCCAGCAUGGUGGCUCACAGUUGAGGAUAGCGCUACCCCAGAGAUUGCUUAAGAAAUGUUUUUCAGAACAUCAGACGACAAUAUUGAAUUGACCAGAAGAUUGUUUUUAUAUCAUUGAAAUAAGAGCUCCCUUCAAGAAUAGGGAUAUAUAGUGGCAGGUAUUUGAUGGUAACUUGUAUGUCAGAGGCAACCUGCGAGGGACGCACAUAAUAGACAGAGGCUGCCUGAGGAAGGCUGCUCUGGAUCAGAGGAGAUUAUGGAACACUUUUUACUCUGCUGCUCCUUUAAUGUCAUUAUUAGGGAUCUGCUGUCCUCAAAACUGAGAGUUCCCCUGUUGCAUGGCCAGACUUAUGGACAAUUGGCUUUUGGAUUUUUUUCAGAAUAUUCUGCAUCUGUCUUGAUAAGGAAGGAUAGACUUUUGCCAAGUAUUUUCUUUGAGACCCUCACAGUUCUUAAUGCAGCAGUUUUAUAUUACCUACGGCAGACCUGCUGCUUGGCCUGUUUUCAGGCACAGGAUGACUCACCUGAAACUUUAGUUUGACCUAUUUGUACAGUCAUUCAGUUACUAGUAAUGACUGAGAAAAAACUGAUGAGUUCAGCAAAAUGGCAGUUGGCAUGGGGGCUUAUGAUGUCAAAUUCAUUUUUAGUUCUCAGGACAAUGUGCUUGAGGUGUGGAGGGUUUGGGUGUUUUCUUUUUGUAUCCAUAUACUGUCCCUUUUGUAAUUUCUGGUUAUAGUUUUAAAGCUGUCAUUUAAUAAACAUGCUCAGAGCGAGAUACUCUGACUCAUGGGCAGCAUGUGAAUUACCAGCUUGGGGAGGCUAGCCCCAGCCCUACCCCAUCCACCUGAGGCCCCACCCCUUCUGCACCACCAUCCCCGCCAGAGCCCCACCACCACAGCCAUGCCCCCCGCGCCAGGAGGGCGGCUGGUGCGGCCGCAGCCUCCCCAGACCCGGAGCGCUGGGAGGGCGGGAGGUGCGGCCCCAGGCUGAGCUGGGGCCACAGCACAGGAGGACUGGAGCCAUGCAGAACAGGAAGCAGGAGCGGGGCUGGGGGCGAAGCAUGGGUGGGGCCAUGCCUGGUUGUUUGUUUCCCCCAGCCUAUGAUACCUGCUGCCCAUGCGCUAACUCUCUGUAACCCAGGAUUGACCAGAAAGUAGGUCAGACAUACUCUGUUUUUUAAAAUGUCCAAAUAUCCUGUUCUGUUCAACCCAAUUUACUCUACGUACCCUUUCUGACAGUAAGCAUAAUCAGUGGUUUCUCCUCUGUUGACCUCAUUCUCCCCCUCUCCCUCCGUUUUGUGAAACUUUCGAAAGAUCUUGUUUUCAUUAUGCAUUGGAACAAAAACAAAAUGUUUUGUGAAACAGUACUGCUGUUUUCUAGCCAGCUUUAGUUAUGGCCUUACCUUGACCUAUCCCAUUCAGAAAGCAGGCUGCUGUACUCUGCCCACAUGAAGCUUCUGAACUGCCCCAAAAGUUCAUUCAGUAAACCAGCCUACAGGUUAUGAUAGAAUGGAUAGCUGUGGUAAAGUCUGCAUGUUAGAGAAGUUACAAUCUGCAUACCCAGAGGCAGCAGAGGAUCUAAAAGGGCCCUAGAGCUGUGAAUUAUUACACUGGGGAAGAAUUGGAACUAUGCCCCAAAUUGAAAGUGCAGACACAAUUCCCCUUCAUUCCGACGUAUCUGAGGUUCCCAGACCUUUCCCUGUCAUGACCUUCUUUUUGGCUGUCUGAACCGCCCCUGUAUAACAAUACACUUCAAAACACUGUCCCAAAUUCAGCAAGGCUAUUACAGAGAGGAAUAAAGUACAUAAGUCAUAUGAAUGAUUUUACGUCAGUAUUAUACAAUAUAUUUUAUAACCCUGUACGUGUUAAUGAAAUUGGGCUCGAUUUUUACAUUUUUCUUCCUUAAUUUUAAUAGGAAUUAAAAUUUGUUAUUCUUUUUUACUGUCAGAAACAGUAAAAUAUUUUUCCUAUGCUUCUACUUCAUCUUUAUCAUAUUUUGCAGCACAGAAUGUAUACUGAAUGUAAGAAAUUUGUAAUUUAUUGGGCUGUUCACUUGCAAAAAAAAAAGUAAUAGCCAGCUCAUAAAUUCUGCAUUACAAAGAACUUCGUGCAUUUUUAAUAUUUUGCUACAUAUUAUAUUCCUUACAUGUGAUGUUCAUUAUACUGUAGUGUAUAUACUCUAUUCUUCCCACAAAGAAUCCUGCAGAUGUAAAUGCUCAUGCUAUUGUUUGGAUUAAAUAUAAAUAAAGUGUCAAGGAAUUUGGCACCUUUUUAUUCUUAAAUCAAAUGACAAGUGUUAAACACAUAGAGCCAAAUUAAUUGCUGGAGCCUCUGCAUUAAUUUCAGUAGAGUUACAUCAGGAUAAAUUUGGCCCAUAAUGUUAGUUUCAAACAAUUUUUUUCUAACUUCUCAAAUUAAUGAUGUCGUCUAAAACCCUUUGGUAAAGGAGAAUAACCCAGGAUUUAGGGAAAGUGUAUUGAGUGGGCUCUACUUCUACUUCUAGAAUUAUUUGCAAAAGAAUUUGCUAAAAGUUUAUAUUUUGUUGAUAGCUGAGAGUUUUGAAAUCUGGUAUAGGAUUAAUUUAAAAAGAGAUUUUAUGAAUCAUAGAUUUCAUUCGCAAAAAAGAGCUUUGGAAAUCACGAAGGGCUGAUCCUGCAACCCUUAGUUGAGUAGAACGUAUGUAAAUUGUUCCAUUGCAUCCAAUAACACAGCUUGCAGGAGUAAUUACUGAGAGUGAGGAGAAUAGGGCCCUUAGAUUACAGUAUUAUUGGAAAAGGUGCUAUAAAUAGCUGUUAUAAAACAUUUGUGAAAAUAUUUUAUCUAUGAUUUGGUUUGAAAAGAUCCUACUUUGUGUUAAGAGUGGUAAAUGAUGUUAAUUUGUAUGUGUGUCUAACCAUUUCCAAGGUGCAAAAUUAGCAAAUGACUUGUGGAGUGAAUCAGUAAAGCUAUUGUGCCCUGUGAAGAAGUGAAUAAACUAGCUAUUUUAACCCAA